UUUUGCAAAAACCCACUAAUUGAUACUCGUACACCUCUUUCGAGUUUCAAUUCUCUCUCUCUCUCCCUCUCGGUGUUCAGUUCCGUUUCUUAUUUUUUUUACCUCGUGUGUUUGCAUGCAUGCCAUGCACGUUGGUGUUGUUAUUGAUUUCAUUAUUUUGUGCUUAAUGGAAUAUUGUUAACUGAUUGGUGGGGUCAAUUAUUUUCUUGCAUGCAUGCAGGGCAUUUGGAGUGCUAUGUUUUUUUUCUGCUUUCGUAUGACGAGUGUAUAAUUCUCCUGAAUACCCAGCAGAAGCUAUCAACAAAAGCCACACCAUGUCUGGACCCCUGUCUCCAAAGACAUCUCUUGAAAAGAGUGACCGUGUUGGUUCGUUGAAGAAAAUGCUAAGGAAUUCUCUGACAAGGAGUAGGAGGCGAAGCAGCAGCAAGGUCAUGUCGGUUGAAAUCGAGGAUAUCCGCGAUGCUGAAGAGUCCAAAGCUGUUGAUGAGUUCCGUCAAGCUCUUGUCUUGGACGAGCUACUCCCUGAGAAGCACGAUGAUUAUCACAUGUUGCUCAGAUUCUUGAAGGCCAGGAAAUUUGAACUUGAGAAAUCUAAGCAAAUGUGGUCUGACAUGCUUCAAUGGAGGAAGGAAUUUGGUGCUGACACCAUCAGUGAGGAUUUUGAAUUCAAGGAACUCGAAGAAGUCCUGCAAUACUAUCCUCAUGGACAUCAUGGAGUUGAUAAAGAUGGACGACCAGUUUACAUUGAGAGAAUUGGUCAAGUAGAUGCCACAAAGUUGAUGCAAGUCACAACCAUGGAUCGCUACAUCAAAUACCAUGUCAAGGAGUUCGAGAGGACAUUCGAUGUGAAAUUUGCGGCUUGCUCCAUUUCUGCAAAGAAACACAUCGAUCAAAGUACAACCAUCCUUGAUGUGCAAGGAGUGGGCCUCAAGAGCUUCAACAAGCAUGCCAGGGAGCUUAUCACCCGUCUUCAAAAGAUUGACGGUGACAACUACCCUGAGACCUUGAACCGCAUGUUCAUCAUCAAUGCAGGUUCUGGAUUCAGAAUGUUGUGGAAUACCGUUAAGUCAUUCCUUGACCCAAAGACCACAUCAAAAAUCCAUGUUCUUGGCAACAAGUAUCAAAGCAAAUUGCUUGAAAUAAUUGAUGAGAGUGAGUUGCCAGAGUUUUUGGGAGGCACUUGCACCUGUGCUGAUCAAGGAGGUUGCAUGCACUCUGAUAAGGGCCCUUGGAAGGAUGCAGAUAUAAUGAAGAUGGUUCAAAAUGGUGACCACAAAUGUUCAAGGAAAUGUGAGGUUCCUGUCAUGGAAGAGAAGACAGCUUCUGAGGAACACGAGACUUCCAAGUUGGAGGCUAAUCUCACCGCACAAUUGUCUUCUGUCUUUGCUGGGGUCCCUGCUUCUAAGGCUUACAACUACGAGGACUUUGUCCCCGAGGCUGAUAAAACUGCUUGGAAUAAAAAGAUGGAUGAAAAUGAGAAAUUUGCAUUAUCCAAAGUUGGAGCAGUGGACGCAUACGCCAUGGUUGAUUCGUUCAACAUUCACGAGAAAAUGAACUCUCAAAUCUUCACUGGCGUGAUGGCCUUUGUGAUGGGCAUAGUGACAAUGGUGAGGAUGACUAAGAACAUGCCAAAGAAGCUCACAGACGCCAACUUCUACUCCAACUUUGGUGGCGAAUACAAAGGACAGGCUACAAAUUCAGAGGAAAUGACUACUAUGCCUAACAUCUCUGCUAAAGAGUUCAUGACUGUGAUGAAACGCAUGGCUGAGUUGGAAGACAAAAUGGUCAAAAUGAACAACCAGACCAUCUGCAUGCCGCCUGAGAAGGAGGAAAUGCUCAAUGCUGCUAUCACCAGAGCAGAUGCUUUGGAGCAAGAACUCUUGGCAACCAAGAAGGCUUUGGAGGAUUCACUUUCCAAGCAAGAGGAACUUUCUGCUUACAUUGAGAAAAAGAAGAAGAAGAAGAAGUUGUUCGCUUGGUAAGUUCUCAAUUUAUGUGGGGGUUUAAUUCUUCAUUCGGCUUUCCGAAGACUUUCUAAAAUGCAUCUAUAUUACACAUUAAAUGUUCACAAUGUGAAUAUAUCUAUAUAUACAGCACAAAUGUCAUCUUAUAGUACCUAGGAUUGGACUUGCUCUCCAUGUAUAUAAAAAAUGAUGCACAAUGUAUGCAAAAGCCAAUCCUAUUUUGGACG